CAGCAAAACGCGGGCAAAUAUUGCCGGUUGAUUUUACAGCGAGGAAUAUAAAAUAAAAUUAGCUGGAGAGAGAAGACAUUUAAAUAUAUAGCAGUCGAACGCCGCGCUAAUCAAGAAAGGGCUACCCCAGCCAUAGCUUCCGUUGAGACUUUUGAGAGAGAAGUACUGAGACUAGUUGUGGGAUGCAAUGGCUACCCUUCCUCUCUUCGUUUUCUCUCUCUUUCUGAGAUGGUUCUUAUGUUCCACUACCCCUACCCCUACCCCUACCCCUACCGGGAAAGGUAUUGAUCUUGAAAAUCCAGUACUAAAUGUCAACCCAACACCGCUUUCUCUUUCUGGGCACUCGCCUACCGCUGGUUCUAAAGAUGUGUUAUUUUGUGAGCGGGUUCGAGUUUCUGGUAUCCCUAGAUCAAAAAUUGGGAGUUAUGCAAAUUCCUUUCGGAUUACUCUGUCUCCAUCUGUCGUAAUCCCAGAGAGGUUGCAUAGCAAAAUUGAGGUCUGUUUUCACCGUAAUGAUUCGCUUGGACUCUGUCAGUGUAGAAAUGAUGAGUGGAAAACUCUCGAGAAAGGGCUAUGGGAAUCUGUCAUGUCCCCUUAUGAGGAGAAAUAUGUUGAUGUCAAGUACAUUGGCAAUUUACUUGGGUCUUCCACCAUCACUGUUGAAGAAGUUUCUCAGCAAUGGCGCCUUUGGUUUCUAGCAGUGGGAUUCAUUUUACUGUUGCUGGCACCAAGCAUCAGUAGUUGGGUUCAUUUUUAUUAUAGCACUUCAAUGGUUAUAGGAGUUUUUAUGGUCGUUAUAUUCCUUCUCUUCCAGGGAAUGAAAUUGCUGCCAUUUGGAAGAAAAAAUUUCUUCUAUCUUGUUACUGUAUAUGGAUCAGUGCUUGGAGCUGGAUCUUAUCUUUUUCAUCACUUCUCUGUCAUGGUAAAUUCAAUUCUUGUAAAUUUUGGGAUUAGUGAAGACAUGCACAAUCUGAUCUCUAAAUUUUUACUGGUGGCGAUUAUCCUUAUGGGUGCUGCACUAGGUUACUGGAUUGGGAGGAAGCUUUUCAUCUCAAAGGAUGGAACAGUAGAUGUUGUUGUAGCCCAAUUUGCUAUGUGGGCAAUCCGCUUUUUUGGAAUCACGUUCAUCUCGCAGAGCACUCUCGAUACUCCUUUGGCUGUUGGAGCGUUGGUUUCCUGCUUGGUUAUCUGCAAACUUAUCACUUCUGUGAAGUGGCAUGGUAGAAUGAAUCAGUCAAAUGGUGCGAGUGGGAGUCCUUUACAGCAGAAAGGAAGACACGUCACAGGAAGACACAGUCGUCCAGAGUUCCUUAGCAGGUCCAGCGCACUAGAGGCAUGGAACAGUACAAGGGGUGCAUCUGCUUGGUCUGAUUCUCCUGUUAAAGGUGUUGUGUCGCCAUCUUUUAGGACAUGUGAUCAACAGGAGUACUAUUCAACCUUCCACAAGAUGCGAAACCGAAAGAAGUUCACAAAGAAAGAGUGGGAUGAUUUUACAAUGGAAUCAACACGGCAUGCUCUAGCAGAAUGGGCAGCAUCUCCUGAAUUCACCGAUUGGGUUAUCGAGCAUGCCGACCGCAUACAACUCCUUCCAAGCGAUAGUUCAGAUGAAACUGUGGGAAGUGAAUCUGAUUCUACUGAUGAGAAUGUCGUGGGGAGCACGGAUAGGUGUGGUUUUCUCAAAUGGUAGUGGUCGGCAUAUAAUAUUAUGCCGACUGCAGCUUAGGUUGUUUUUAGUACCUGCGGAAAGACAACAUGUAAAGUUGUAUAGAACUGGGUAGGAAUGACUCAAUUUUUUGCACCAUUUAGCGUUAUGGUGAGCCUUGUGGAGUCACCCAAAACUAGAUAACCAUAUCAUGGAUAGCUGCAUCUUCACAGGAGUUUCUGGCACUAGUUUAAGGCACAUAGAAGCUGCCGUGAGUUUUAACCAGGGUCUUACUGAUUGUAGAAUGGAUUAUUCUCCAACAGUGUUAUUUCUGCCUAUCUUUUAUUUUUA